CCAAAAAUAUUCAGUGUCCUCAACCUAGAGUGGCACCAAACUCCUUGGUUCUGGGUGACGUUACUCAGCAGUCUCUGGAGAAAAGAGUCCAUAUUGAAGGAUAGAAGAAGCCAACAACAUAGGUGUUGAAAUGCUGCAUUUCCCUCUGGCAUCAUUUUCUGGACAGGAAAGACCACAACCACUAAAGAACACUGCCCUCAGGGGUAUAUCUGUAUUUUUUCACUAACAUGCUGUAUAUCAGGAAUAAGUUCAGGGUCCCCAGGGGAAAAGUUGUUUCUCACUGUAAUUAUCACCAUCCUGCUCUUUGAGAUGUCUCUUCUACUUCUCUAGUGACUGCCUUCAAUGUCAACAUCAGACUGAAGCACUGUGGAGGGUAUCCUGCAUCAGAAAAGGAUAAAUGCUUUAGGUGACACUGUGUUAUGUGAAUUUUAGGACAGGCAGGGGCUAUGCUGUUAAAUGUACUUUUCUCUCCUUUCCAGGUGAAGCCUGGUUUGUCUCUUAAUUCUUCAGGGCUGUUAAUUCUUCAACUCUUUUUGUUCUUGUUUAGAAACAGGAAGGGAAUUGAUUCAGCCCCAUGAAUUAUGAACCUCCUACUUCUGCUUCUGAUGCUACUGCUGCCCCGGCCAAUCUCUGGAAAGCUUAGAAUGAAAUGUCCACUGACUCUGGAACACCAGGAUGGAGAAAAACCAUGGAGCUAUUACAGACCAGGAGACCAUCUCAUUGCUGUUAUCACCAGUGGAACAAAAAUAUCUCCUAUAAUGUUCCCUUUCAAUGCAGCUCCUUCUAGUCAGUCUAAUUCUGGUCAAUAAGAAUUCCCAGCUCCUGCAAAAUCUCACACUUGGCUACGACAUCCAUGACAACUAUAUGAACACAAUUGGCACUUCAGAUGCCUUGCUGGACAUGCUCUCCACUGGAGAAGCCAAUGUUCCCAACUACAGCUGUGGAAGGAAGGACCACCUUUUGGCUCUUAUUGAUGGAACUGUCAGGGAUAUCUCCAUCCAGAUGUCAACGUUAGCAGACACCUACAAAGUCCCACAGAAGACAUCAUUUAUGUCAAAGUCCGGAGAAGAUGCACUCAGAAAUCUCCACUGAAGACCAAAGUGGAAAGAAAUUGGAUCUGGUACCAAUAUAACCACCAUCUUUACACUUUGAUGAAUACUCUGGACCAUGCCUUGAAUGCUGCAUAUUCCUCCAUAUCCAAGAGGAGAAGAAAAGAGGGAGAAGAGAAGCUGGGGACUCAAAGGCUGCAGCCAUGGCAGUUCCAUCCAUUUCUGAAGAAGAAUGAGUUUUGCAAUCUUUCCCACAAGAAACUGUACUUGGACCAAAAUGGUGAUGUGGCAGCAGAUCUGAACAUCAUAAGCUUCAUAGUUCUCUCCAGAGAGGAUCCCAUUAGAAAGCAACUGGGGAGUUUUGAAAGACAGAGACUUAUUAUCAAUCAAGAUGCUCUUUCACAGCUAAAGUUGCUCAAUAAGUCUUUGCCUCAGUCCAAAUGUGUGGAAAAUUGUCAUCCUGGAUUUUUCAAGCAAGCUCGAAAAGGAGAGCCAGUAUGCUGUUAUGACUGUAUUCCUUGUCCAGAAGGGACCAUCUCCACUCAGGAAGAUACUGAAAAAUGCACCAAGUGCCCAGAUGAUCAAUAUCCAAACGAGAGCAGAGUCCAAUGUAUCCCGAAAAGAAUAACCUUCCUCUCCUAUGAAGAACAUCUGGGCAUCAUCCUGGUGUCCAUUGCCCUACUCUUGUUCCUAACCACAGGAUUCAUUUUAUUCAUAUUCCUUAAAUACCUAGAAACUCCCAUUGUCAAAGCCAACAACCGGGACCUCUCUUACAUUCUCCUGGUCUCCCUCUUGCUUUGCUUCUUGUCCUCCUUUUUCUUCAUUGGACGACCAAGGAAAGCCACCUGUCUUCUCCGACAAAUGGUGUUCAGCAUUGUCUUCUCAAUAGCUGUGUCAUCUGUGUUGGCCAAAACAAUCACAGUGGUGCUGGCCUUCCUGGCCUCAAAACCAGGGAACAAAAUGAGAAGAUGGUUGGGGAAGAGCUUGGCCAAUUCCAUCAUCCUUUCUGGUUCUGCUGGCCAAAUUUUCAUCUGUGCCUUAUGGCUGGCAAUUUCUCCCCCAUUCCCUGACUCUGACCUCCACUCCCAGCAUGGAGCGAUCAUCCUUCAAUGCAAUGAAGGCUCUGUCACCAUGUUUUAUGUUGGCCUUGGCUAUAUGUGUUUCCUAGCUGUCAUUUGCUUCACUGUAGCUUUCCUGGCUAGGAAUCUGCCUGGGGCCUUCAAUGAAGCCAAGCUGAUAACCUUCAGCAUGCUGGUCUUCUGCAGUGUUUGGAUCUCCUUCGUGCCCACUUACCUGAGCACCAAAGGAAAGUCCAUGGUGAUUGUUCAGGUCUUCUCCAUCUUGGCCUCCAGUGUUGGACUGCUGGGUUGCAUCUUCUUCCCAAAGUGCUUCAUUAUUAUCCUGAGGCCAGAUCUAAACACUAAGGAACAUCUCAUGAUAAAAGUACAGAAAUGACAGUGAAAUUGUUUCUUAGGCUUAUCACAUUUAAUUUUUUCAUUGCAGCUAUUGGUGUUUUGUAUCCUUCCUUUGAAUCAAUGUGACAAUUAAAGCUUUUUAAAAGAGAAGGAAAUAAACAUAUUAAGAGUAUAAUGUUAAUGACAUUAAAUUCCAACAUAAUCAUCAAUUAGUAAAAUAAACCAAUUAAUAAUUGAAAUUGUCAUACAUGCAGGAAUGAACAAGCUCAGAAAUAAGACUCUCCUUCCAAUGGGAUUUUAUCUGCUUUCCAGUUUUGUGCAAAUGCAAUUCUAGCCGCUGUUAUUAUAUGAAUAAUCAAAUAUGUAUCUUCUUUACUAUAAUUCUCUGGUAAAAUUCCCAAUAAGAAUAUCUCUGCUUUUAACUC